AUGGACAACUUGGAGAAACGUGCUACGAGCAGCGAUAAUGCCGAUCCAGCAAGUGGUGAAAUGUUUGAACUUCGUGGAAGUUAUACCAAAGAGGAAGGGAAAGCUGUCCUACGCAAAAUUGACUUGGUCAUUUUACCUUUUAUGUGCUUCGUGUUUUUUCUACAAUACCUUGACAAGCAGAGUCUCAGCUAUGCUGGUGUCUUUGGUCUCAUUGAAGACCUCAACAUGACCAGCUCGCAAUAUUCAUGGUCGAGUUCAAUCUUCUAUGCUGGCCAACUGGUCGCCGAGUAUCCAUUUAUAUACCUCAUGAGCAGGCUCCCCUUGACCAAAUUUGUCGGCGCGACUGUAAUCAUCUGGGGUAUUGUAUGCAUGUGUCUCGCAGCGCCAAAUGACUUCGCCGGAUUUGCCACUGUGCGCUUCCUUCUCGGCUUCAGCGAAGGCGCCGUCUCGCCUGCCUUCGUGACAAUCACCAGUAUCUGGUACCGAAAGGAAGAACACAAUGUCCGCACAGCAUUGUGGAUUUCCAUGAAUGGUCUAGCCCAGGUUCUAGGCUGCUUCCUGAUGUAUGGCAUUGGCAAAAACCCCUCACUUCCAAUCGCUCCCUGGCGCGUGCUAUUUAUCAUCUGCGGCGCUAUAACUUCUGCUGCAAGCGUGGCGUUCUUUUUCCUUAUGCCAAACGGGCCCAGAGAUGCAUGGUUCUUGAAUGCUCGCGAGAGGGAAGUCCUAUCUUUACGCAUGGCACAGGACCGGGAUGGUGGUGACAAGUCCUCUUUUUCGGUUGCUCAACUCAAAGAGGCAAUGAUGGAUCCCAAGGCGUGGGUUGUCUUUUGGUUUGGUGUUUUGGUAUGCAUGCAAUCACCGGUUUUGACUUUUGCAUCUCUUGUGAUCAAGUCGAUCGGUUAUACUAAUCUCGAGACUAUGCUAUAUACGGCUCCAUCGGGAGCUGUACAAAUUGCUUUGUUGUGGAUCGGAGUUGGUCUAGUGUUGAUCUUCCCUAAUCAGCGAAUGCUAGUCAUUCUUGUUCUUAUUAUCCCGCCUCUGAUUGGGACUGUGUUCCUGAUGAAGUUAGAUGUGACUGCUCAAUGGGGUUUAAUUGUUGCCUCGUGGCUGUCUUCAUGCAUUACCGCCUCUAUGACAAUACUUCUUUCACUUGCGGCAUCGAAUUUCAAGGGAAAUACCAAGCGUGCUGUUGUGAACGGCAUGUUUUUCAUUGGUUACUGUGCUGCCUGCAUUGCCUCGCCUCAACUAUGGACUCACAGCCCUCGUUAUACGGAGGGUGUGAUAACAUCCAUUGUGACAUGGUGUCUGCUUUUUGUGGUGGUGAUUUUAUUCCGCUUCUUGUGUAAGUGGGAUAAUCAGCAGCGUGAUGAACAGGCUGCCAGUUCUAGUGUUGUUAGUGUGGAUCAAGAGGUCAAACUGGACGAGAAUGGGUUGCCACAGACAGACCUCACCGAUAAACAAGACCGACAAUUCCGAUAUGUGUGGUAA